GCCCGCGCCCUCCCCCGCCCCCGCCGCGCCGGCUAGCCACUUCCACGGGAACCAAAGCGGGGCUGCGAUCUUACCCGCGGAGUGCAACCGGGUGCGGAGAAUCCAGAGCCGGGUCACUUUUUUCGGCGGAAUGCCCGAAGCGCAAAGUCCCCCGACUCUCAGUCCAAAGCGACCCGUGAGCGCGGAAUCAUGCCGCCAACAGCACCCGGCAUCAGCAGAUGAUCACCUGGACCGAAAGCUCAACUCCAGCUCUCCGGUUCAAGCCGAAUCCUUCCCCGAGCCCAGCCUCACAAUGAGCGCCUCGCAUAUGAAAUACAUGAGCGUACCUCCAUCGCUCGCGGAAAUGACCACUAAGCUGGGUUCUGCGUGCCGGGACCAGGAGUCUCAGUCCGCCGCUGCCAGCAAGAGAGCCGCCUCGAGCGCCAAAGCCAAGCAGACCAACGGCAACGCCAAGAAGAAGCAGAAAAGCUCAAGCGCCUCCCCUGGAGAUAAAAGGUCGGGUUAUCGGGACGAGGUCACAACAUCGCCGGUUCUGGGACUGAGGAUAACGGAGCUCCCGGAAGAGGAGGAGGUGAAGCCGCGGUCCAGCAGCCCGCUCGGGGAGUUCAUCUGUCAGCUGUGCAAGGAACGGUACGCAGAUCCGCUCGCCCUCGCGCAGCACAAGUGCUCCCGCAUCGUGCGGGUCGACUACCGCUGCGCCGAGUGCGACAAAGUCUUCAGCUGUCCGGCCAACUUGGCUUCCCAUCGGCGGUGGCACAAGCCGAGGGGCGCUCAGCCGGAGGAGGCGCCGGCCGCUCCGGCCCCAGUCAACGACGAUCACGAGAGCCGGAACGGGACCACGCGAGGCGCGCGCGCGCCUUCUUCUCCCCCUCAGCCUCCCGCGCAGCCCUCGGUGUGCGCGUCCGAAGAGGAGGUGGCCUUCAAGUGCCCCCUGUGCGCUAAGAAAUUCAGGAGACAAGCCUACCUCAGAAAACACGUGGCGCUGCACAACAGGCGAGGCGACAAGGCGAAAGCCAGGUGGACCCAGGGCGCCGCGCAGCAGACCCGUCCCGCCGAGCUCGCGCCGCCCUGUCCGCGCGGGAAGGCGACGUGUGGCGCGAGCGACGUGUUUCCCUGCAGGUUCUGCCGCGAAGGUUUCUUCUCCUCUCCGGGGCUCACGAGGCACAUCAACAAAUGUCACCCGACAGAAAGCCGGCAGGUCAUCGUACUCUCUGGCUGACGAGACAUGGGAAGCAGCCAAACACAAACGAAACGAGACUUUUUCUGCUCGUUUCCCACCAAGUACCGUUUCUAAGACACCAUUUUCUCCGAAGUUUCGGAACAAAGUGGCUGCAUCUGAAGUAAAUCUUUAGACUAGUAAAC